AUUGAAAUACUUGACUCAAUCACACAAUAGUCUAUCUGUGGAUAAAUGUUUGCCAUUUGAUGUCAAUUGAUAUCAAUUGUCUUAUAAUAUAUGGAUUUAUUUGAUUUGUUAAUCAUUUAAUAAUUGAAAUAAAUUAUAAUGAAAGGGAAAUAACGUUUAUUUCAUGUGAUAAUUGUUUGUUUGUGACAAAAAUGGUUUCAACGAUACCAACGAAUAAUAUUUAUUUAUUUUAUAAUAAUUUUAUAAUUUUAUGUUUAGUGUCAUUGAUAUCAUUUCAAUCGGGAGAGGCUAAAUCAUGUCCCCACCCGGCUAUUCCUUUAUACGCUCAGGUUGUUAUAUCAGAUGAAGUAAACUUUACUUCUGGAUCUACCACUACCUACAAGUGCGAUGACGGCUAUGAGUUGUUUGGUACUGCAGUCAGGGUUUGUGGCAAUGAUGGCAAAUGGACAGGAGAUUUGCCUUAUUGUGCUGUUAACGUGGCUUACGGUAAGCCAAGCAAUCAGUCGAGUACUAUUCGCGGAGGAGAAUCCCGUAAUGCAAAUGAUGGCGAUAUCACUGCAAUUCAUGAAAAUAAGUAUUGCACCGAAACUAAGAUAGAGUCGAGUCCAUGGUGGCAGGUGGACCUAUUGCAACCUUAUGAGAUCAAAGUCAUUAGGAUUGUCACCCGAGGCUGUUGUGGACAUCAACCACUACACGAUCUCGAGAUUAGAGUUGGUAACAGUUCGACAGUUCAGGGAAACAGAUUGUGCUCCUGGUUUCCCGGCACUCUCGAUGAUGGUAUGCAUAAAGAUUUGUUUUGUGCCAUUCCUAUUACUGGUCGUUAUGUAUACAUUCAAAUGGUCGGUAUUGAGGGUUCGCUAUCACUUUGCGAAGUAUUUGUUUUUACUACUAAAGAGUUUUCAUCGGAUCGUUGCGGGAAUGCUAUGGAAUAUCAACAGUUGACUCCUUUCAAUAAGACUUGUUAUGAGUUUCAGACACAAAGAGGCGGAUCAUUCAAUGACGCCGAGUCUUAUUGUAAGGCUAGAGGAGGACUAGUGGUCAACUCAGUGGUCGACGUCAGUCAUAAUUUUUUAUAUUAUGAAUUGGAAAGAAUUAAACCUAAGCUCAAGUCAAAGCUAGUUUGGUUGGGAGCGCGUCGGGAUGUCGACCAACAUAAAGGUCCCAGUUUUCAUCGAUCGCGUGCAUCAAAGUGGCAUUGGGUUAGUGGACAACCAGUGACAAACUUUUUGUGGGCUGAGGAUCAACCAAAUAAUUAUAACGGUCAACAAAAUUGCAUUGUUCUCGAUGGCGGUCGCAAAUGGCUCUGGAAUGAUGUCACUUGUGAUUUGGACUAUCUUUCGUGGAUAUGUCAAUAUAGACCAUCAAACUGUGGCAGUCCUGACAAAAAUGAAAACACAACUAUUAUAGACAAAGAUUAUCGCGUCGGACAAACCAUUACAUACCAGUGUCCAGUUGAUAGUCGAUUGGACGGAUCUGCUCAACGUAAUUGUCAAAGCAAUGGUUUUUGGCAGAACAAUGCACCCACCUGUCAAUAUGUCAAUUGUGGAUCAUUAACAUAUAUACCUCACGGUAGGGUUGAAUUUGUUAAUAACUCUCGGACCACAUUCAAUGCAACCGCUCGAUAUACAUGUGAUGAAAAUUAUACACUCGUGGGAAAUGAAACUCGAGUAUGUCUGGGUAAUAGCACCUGGAGUGGCACUGAACCAAAAUGUCUAUACAGUUGGUGUCCAAUAUUGACAUUUAUUCCAAACGGUGCCAUUAAUAUAACAAAUCGUACUGAAAAUGGUUUGGCCACAUAUAGCUGCCAUAAGGGUCACCUAAUAGUUGGUAAUAACACUCGAAAGUGUCUCUUAGGAGGAAAAUGGACCGAUUCUGAGCCCGUCUGCAAAUUUGUUGACUGUGGAGUACCUAUAGAAGUGCGAAACGCAAAAUAUCGUUUACUUAACGGCACUACAUAUUACAACAGUAGUGUUAAGUACGAAUGCGACCAAAAUUAUACUAUUGAUGGCAAUGAGUUACGUAACUGUACGGAAUACGCCAACUGGAGUGGUACCCAACCUAUCUGCAAAUUAAUUGACUGCGGAAAGCCUUUUGUGCCCCAAGGGGUUAAACUGUUAAGCGAUUCAUUCACAGUCCACUCUGAGGUUAUAUUUGAGUGCGAACCGGGACACAAACUGGUUGGAGGAGAUGUCAGACACAAGUGUCAGUCGGAUGGAAAGUGGAGUGGAGCUCUUCCUGUUUGCAAUGCUAUCGAGUGCGGUAGAGUGCAGACAAUAUUGAAAGGGGAAGUAAGUUAUGUCAAUUCAACCACUUAUCUCAACAGUCAAAUCUCAUACUCAUGCAGUAGUGGUUAUAAAUUGAUUGGCUCUAAGACUAGAGUCUGCAGUGAUGAGUCCCGUUGGUCGGGAUCUACACCCAAAUGUGAAGAAAUACGAUGCGUUCCGCCAGAGAUUCCUAAAAAUUCAUCGGUUGUCUACAGUGGUAAUGAUAGAUCUUCAAGUGAUUCAUUCAAAGUAGGAUCGACAGUACAAUACCGAUGCUCUCAGGGACACAUAGUUCAGGGACAGUCACUUAGAACUUGUGAGUCCAAUGGUCUUUGGUCGGGUUCACCACCGAUUUGUAUUUAUAUUGAUUGUGGUCUUCCAUUCCCAAUAUCUCAUGGAAAGUGGUUACUCAAUAGUAAUACAACAUAUUAUGGAAGUACUGUUGAAUAUGUUUGCGAUCAGAAUUUCAAAUUGAAUGGACCGGGAAGGAGGAUAUGUCUGGAGAAUGGCACCUGGAGUAGCAUUCCUCCACUUUGUGAUGUCGUUACGUGUAAUAAACCCGAAACUAAAGACGACAAGACUAUUAUAGAAGUCAAUAGCUAUUCAGUGGCCGCUAAAGCAUAUUAUUCAUGCAGUUAUGGACUAGAAUUAGUUGGCGAAGAAAACAGAAUGUGUCAGCCAAGUGGUCAAUGGAGUGGAGAUAUACCGUACUGUAGACUUGUUGAUUGUGGUCGCCCUCCAGUAAUACCUAAUGGUAGGGCAUAUUUAGUAAACGGAACGACACUAUUUGGAAGUAUUGUUGAAUAUCAUUGUUUGCCUGAAUUCAAAUUAAUUGGUGAUUCCCAACACAGAAAAUGUAUGGCCACUGGAGAUUGGAGUGGAACAAUUCCCCGAUGUCUUGAAUUAGCUAUUGCUAAUGAAAUAGAGAAAAAUCGUGAAACCCAAACAGUUGAUCAUACGUUUGAUCCCAAUUUUGAGUCAUCGAAAGCUAUAGGAAUUGGGAUAGCAGUCGGUGCCGGAGCUCUUCUUAUUCUUAUAAUUAUUGUAUCUGUUAUUUGUCUAAAAGCUAAAAAACCACAACCGGUUAAAAAUACGGAAAACGUUGAAGUGAACCGACAGCCAGAUAAAGACACGGCUACUGUUAUGUCGUACUCACGAUUGAGUCUUGAAUCAGAGGCAGCGGCAGCUGCUAAUAAUCUGGCCAAUAACGGUGCUAUUAGACAUCAUCCAAAUGGUUUGGUCACAUUUAGUCCACCGUCGGGACAUCAUAACCAACCACUCUAUGCCAAUACCAGUGCAUUUAGAAAUCAUAACAAUACUAAUGGAAGUACAGUCAGUGUUGCUAUCCGUUCAACACAACCUCAAACGGCAUCAAGAUUUGCAUCAAUCAAUUCUAACGGAAACGGCACACAUGGAGGAAAUGUAGGAAAUGGAGGACAUGGAGGACAUGGAGGACAUGGACUGCACGGAGUACACAUGCAGAGUCAUAAUGUGUAACUUAAUGUUCUUCACACUCAAUAUUUGUGAUAUUUAUCAUUAUAUUAAAUAUUUUAUUGUUUAAAUCAUUACUGCCUUUCGGUACAUAAUUUUCAUAUUAUGUAUUGAUUUGUAAUAUUUGGUCAUCCAUUUGAAGAGAAAAUGAAUUAUCUACUGUAUGUAUAUAAUUGAUAAUUAAUUUGUGAGCUAUACAAACAUUUACAACUUAAAUAUAUGAAUAUAUUGGAUGAAAUUUUUAUUUAUUUUUUAAAACUUUUCAUUCAAUAUGAAAAAUAACAGACAAUUUUUAUCGAUAAAUAUUAUUUAAAUAAAUAAAACAUAUUUACCGAUUGAUACAAAUUAUUAGAUUGUAAGGUUGUAAUCGAUGAGAUUUUAAGAUACAUUACAUAAUAUACAAAAACUUUAUACUCAAGUUUUUAAA